CUAGUCAGUACAUUUCGAGUGUGGUAGAGGAGCGGUCUGUCUGAAGUCAGGUAACAAUGAAGCUUCAGGUUUUGUUCCAUGUACUGGCAAUGGUACAAGCGAUGGGCCACUGUAGGAUGGAGUGGAGAUUGUCUGAACCGGAGAUGCGUGUCGUCAACAGCAGGACCAGUGCUACACUUAAUGGUCCGAGAAAGCUGAAGGCAGUCACAUUCUUCAUGAGCAUAGAUAAAAGCUUCAAGAACUUCAGGGAUGCUGAUUACAAAUUCAAACUGGUGUGUAAAAAAGAAUCGACAGGAAAGGUCUGCAGCGGCACCGGAGGACCUGCGGUCGCGGCGGGCCAGACGGUCCACUACGCCGUCAAAGCCAAACUGGGUCGGAAGCAGCAGAAACUCCUUGGCCAAACUUGGACACCGGUCUUGCCCACUUCGGCCCCUCCGCCCUCUCCGACCUGUGCGCUCCUCGAGGGUGACCUGCCUGACGGAUGCGUCGAAGUGGGAUUCAUAGAGCCGGCUCCCAUCAUCCCCGGCGGAAACCCCGAACGUGGUUUCUACAAGCACACCGAGUCCAAAACCUCAUCCUGGGAGCCUCUGGACGACGAGGCGCUCCGGGAGUGGGUCCAGAAAGGGUACUCUCUCAUCUACAGGAACAUCAUUCUAGACUCCUUCGUGGACAGUGACAUCAGUCCCGAUAUCCUGCAGAAGAUCAGAGAUGACUUCACUACCCUCAAGUCGAACAGGAUGAAGGUUAUACUAAGGUUCUCAUACAGCAUUGACAUCAACAACAAGAAUGACGCUCCUCCUGAACAGCUGCUCAAGCACAUCGAGCAGCUUGCGCCGAUUCUGAAGGAUAACGGAGCCCUGAUCGCCGUGAUGCAGGCUGGCUUCAUCGGCGUGUGGGGCGAGUGGUAUUACACGGCACAUUACGGCAACGAGGGCGUGGUCACGGAGGAGGACUGGGCGCGCCGUCGUCAGGUUGUCAGCCAACUCCUUCAGGCGUUGCCAGUCUCACGAGAAAUCCAAUUACGAACACCUGCGUAUAAGCGAAGAAUCCUGGAUCGAACAUCAGCUCUCACAGAGGAUGAAGCCUUUGGUGAAGAGCAGGUCGCUAGGAUCGGUCACCACAACGACUGCUUUUUGGCUUCUGACACGGACUACGGCACCUACGCCAACAAGACCGAUGAAUAUCCGUACCUGCAGCGUGAAACUCAGUGGGUCACGAUGGGGGGAGAGACGUGCAACCUCAACCCACCCAGGACAGACUGCCCGACGGCCCUGAAGGAGCUGGAGGAGCUGCACUACACGUACCUCAACGCAGAUUACCACCCCGACGUGAUCAGCGCUUGGGACUCCCAGGACUGUUUCGACGAUGUCUACUCAUCUCUUGGCUAUCGUCUUGUGGGCGUGAUGGCGAGGAUGCCAGAGAAAGCGAGCGUGGGAUCGACAGCGCAUGUGGGUGUGCUGGUGCGGAACAUGGGGUGGGCGGCGCCGAUCAAUUACCGCCGUGCUGAGAUUCUUCUGCUUCACGAAACGUCCGGAGAAAAGUACACCUCGGGAUUACAGUUCGACCUGAGGACCUGGCUGCCGGGUGACCACGAGUUGCACUUCAGUGUGGACCUUCCGUCGUCUGCAACAGAGUAA